AUGGAGAAGUUCAAGGCUGCCAUGGUGCUGAGUGGAGUUGGCGAUGCUUUGGGAUAUAGAAAAGGUCGCUGGGAAAGCUGCACAUCGGGCAAGAAGAUCCAGGAGGAGCUGGCUUCUCUCGGGGGUCUUGGUGCCCUCAGACUGGACCCAGAUAACUGGCCCCUGAGCGACACAACCUUGAUGCUCAUGACAACAGCAGAGGCUCUGAUAACCGACUACUGGUGUCUGGAGGACCUCUACCGUGAGAUGGUGCGGCUUUACGUGGAAGCCAUGGUGUCUCUUCAGGGCCGCGCUCCUGAUCCUGCCACAGUGGAGGGCUGCGUUCAUCUUAAACCUCACAACUAUCUGCUGGCCUGGCAUACACCCUUCAACGAAAAAGGCUCGGGGUUCGGGGCUGCAGCUAAAGCCAUGUGUAUCGGGAUGAGAUACUGGCAGCCUGACAGACUUGACAGCCUUGUGGAGGUCAGCAUUGAGGUGGGCCGAAUGACCCACAACCAUCCCACAGGUUUUCUGGGUUCAUUGACAACAGCACUGUUUGCUUCAUAUGCAAUUCAAGGGAAACCUGUAGUGUCCUGGGGCCGUGAACUCAUGAAGGUGAUCCCUCGGGCUGAGGAGUACUGCAGGAAGACCAUUCGACACAUGGCAGAGUACCAAGAAACAUGGUUUUACUUUGAAGCAAAGUGGCAGUUUUACCUGGAGGAGAGAGAGAUUGAGAAGGAGGGACAGAACAAACCGGUGUCCUCCGGUCACUACGAUGCCGAUGAGACCGACAAGGUGUACAAGCGCUGGAGCUCCGAGGGGCGUGCAGGCCGACGUGGGCACGAUUCCCCGAUGAUUGCAUAUGACAGUCUGCUAUUCGCUGGGAGUGACUGGGCAGAGCUCUGCAGAAGAGCCAUGUUCCACGGAGGUGAAGGGGAGGCCACAGGGCUGAUAGCUGGCUGUCUGUAUGGACUUUUGUACGGGACAGGUCAGGUUCCCUCCAGCCUGUGCCAGGAGCUGGACAAAAGACAGCGCUUGGAGGAGCUGGGGGAGGCGCUUUACAAGGCAGCGUCCGCAGAGAAGUGCUUUGACAAGUAA